AUGGCAACUUUUAUUCCUACCGUAGCAAUCAUCUCUGUUUUCUUGAUCAUCACCGCUUACGCAUCUUCUUCUGCGAACAUGAGCGAGCAAUGCCGUGGGAUAGAACAAAGCGAGUACAACUUGAGAGACUGUAUGAUGUACAUGAUAGGAAAUGGUUGCCCGUGCGAGAGACAGCCGAUGAGCGAAAUAAAAAUGAAACUAUUUGCCAUAAAUCUUCAGCUGCAGUGCUGCAGUCUUAUAAGGCAAGUACCUGAAGAAUGCCAAUGCGAGGCACUCGAAGGUAUGGCCGGGGGACUACGUCAGCGAGGGAUAAUACAAAAGGAAGAUUACGAGGGGGUAAUGCAGAGGGGAAAUGAAAUUUCUUCUUUUUGUGGACUACCACAGAGCUGCAAUGUCAAACUAAUCUAG